AUGGACAGCGUCCUCCCUCCAGAGCUCGCCAUCUUCCUGGACCUGGGGGGGGCGGGGGAGGCGGACCGCCGCCCCGCCCCCCCCUUCCUGCCCCCGCCCUUCCACCCCCACUGGGAGGAGGGGGGGGGGGCCCAGGAGCAGCAGGGGGCCCUGAGCGCCGGGUUGGAGGUCCGCUGUGAGGAGCGCAGGAUGGUGGUCAGCCUGGACCGGGAGAGCCUGCAGGCCAGCGGCUUCGCCAACGCCAACCUCACGCUCCAGGACCCAGAAUGCAAAGCGACGGUGAACGCCACGCACUACACGCUGGAGACGCCGCUGUCGGGCUGCCAGACCCAGGUGUUCCCCGUGCCCGGCAGCUCCACGGCGCUGCACAUCAACUCGGUCCUGAUCAGCCCGGGCGAGGGGAGGGACGGCAGCGGCCGGGUCCUCGGGGACUACCUGGACCAGGACCAGGACCAAGACUCUGAGGACCUGGGGUUCCCCCACCUGGACCGGCCCUCCCUGGAGCCCACAGACCUGCUCUUAAUCACGUUCAACUGUUCCUACGAGGGGGUGCGGGAGGCCUCCCCCCCGGGCCCCGAGGUCCUCCCGGGUCCUGGGGGCGGGGGGGACCCCAAGGCGGGGACCACGGCCCAGGGCAUGGCGGUCUACGACUCGGUCCUGUUCCACAGCGCCAACCCCCAGCCCCCCCCCUCCUUCUCCAGCGGACAGCAGGUCUUCGUGGAGGUGUUGUCGUCCGGAGCCGACCGGGACCAGGGCUUCAUGAUCCGGUCCUGCUCCGUGUCCCGGGACCCCAGCCCCCAGGGCCCGUCCGAGUACCUCCUGCUGGAGAACCUGUGUCCCACCGACCUCUCGCUGAGGUUCUACCCCCCCAUGGUGGGCCGGCAGCGCUUCAGCUUCAGCCUGAAGCCCCCCCCCAACGCCUCGCUGCUCUUCCUGCACUGCGAUACCUCGCCCUGCUCCGAGGGCCCCGGGCCCCGCUCCUCGCUCCCCACGUGCAUCCCGGCCAAACAGGGCUGUCAGGCGGUGAACCUGGAGACCGUCAUGGCCAUGGCGAUGAACCACCAGACCUUCACCCAGGCCCUGGUGGUCAACUCUGAGGGGGGGCACCCCCGGGACCCCACAGGUCUGCCAGACAGUCCAGACAUCGGCCAGACUGAAACCGUGCUGUACGUCCUGGACACGCCCACCGUGGUCUGCAUCGCCUUCGCUGCCUUCGUGAUCGGGGCCCUGCUGACGGGGGCGCUGUGGUUCAUCUACUCCAACACAGGUGGGGGGCAGGCGGCCCCCCAGCCAGUGGUCCACAAGUCGUCGUCCCCCUCGGAGAACAGCAGCGCCGCCCACAGCAUCGGCAGCACCCAGAGCACGCCCUGUUCCAGUAGCAGCACCGCCUAGAACCGCCUAGAACCACCUAGAACCGCCUAGAACCGCCUAGAACCGUCUAGAACCGCCUAGAACCACCUAGAACUGCCUAGAACCGCCUAGAACCGUCUAGAACCGCCUAGAACCGCCUAGAACCACCUAGAACCGCCUAGAACCGCCUAGAACCGCCCAGAACCAACAAGAACCGCCUAGAACCACCUAGAACCGCCUAGAACCGCCUAGAACUGUCUAGAACCGCCUAGAACCACCUAGAACCACCUAGAACCACCUAGAACCGCCUAGAACCGCCUAACCCAUGGCCAACCCUGUACCCCCAACUCCUAGAACCCAUGGCCAGCCCUUUACCCUGAACCCCUAGAACCCAUGGCCAGCCCUGUACCAGCAGCAGCUCCUCUUAGAACGGAGGCCCCCUGGACCCCCACGCCGAGGCCCUAGACCUGGUCUCUGUUUGACAGAGCGGACCCCUGGACCCAGACCCUCCCCAGAUGGAACAGCCCCCCUAGAAUCAGUCUGGCCCUGGUGGACAGACGCAGCCCGGGUCCCCACACCAGAGCUACCCCUGGGGUCCCCAGACCACACCUACCCCCCAGACCAGUCCUACCCCUGGGGUCCCCAGACCAGACCUACCCCUGGGGUCCCCAGACCAGUCCUACCCCUGGGGUCCCCAGACCAGUCCUACCCCUGGGGUCCCCAGACCAGUCCUACCCCUGAGGUCCCCAGACCAGUCCACCCCUGGGGGAUAGUCUCUAGCCCUUGAUGGGCAGACCUGGUGGUGGGUAAGGCUCCCUGACACCAAAGACAUGAGGACCCCCUUAGUGCCGGGCUGGGGGUUUUGGUGAGUUUGUUCGCCCAAAUAAGACUUUAACACAAAACACAUCUGCACCCAAACUGGAUCCGAUCACAUCUAUGUGAGAGAGUGGUGUUGUUCAAAUCGAAUGCUGUUUCUCCGAUCAAGGACAUCUAGAACAUGGAUGUGCUGUGAUUGUGUCAAUGUUACUGUCAACCGGGAGGACUAGCAUAACUAGUUUUCGCCUAGAUAGCAUGAGUAAGAUAAGAUACGAUAAUACUUUAUUGAUCCCAAAUGGGAAAUUUGGGCUAUCACCUGGCCAAAUAUAAUUUGUAUGUGAUAUUUUGACAUAGGGUAGCGAAUGAGCAAGUCAACCACUAUUUGGAAUCAAGAGUUAGCAAUAGGUCAUAACGUUUUCACUGUUUGAAACAGUGUUAUAUGAGCGAGAAGUGAGCAUGUUCAGAUUUUGAAUGUAUGCUGAUGAUACAGUAAUACGACAACAAAUGUGAAAGAAAAUGUGAAAGGAACUACUUCUCACAAACAAUACAUUUUUAUUACAUAUAACAUUAUGUAUUCAUAAUGAAUAAGUUUGAAUUUAUUAAUUCAUAAUAUUAUUAAACAGGAUUCUAUGAAAAACAUUUUAUAAUAGAUAUAGUAUGAUGGUGAGAUGUAUUUAGUUAGUGGUGGACGAGUCUUCAUAUCCACGGUAACUUUUCAAAUCGGUAUUAAGCAAACCUCCAGUGGACUGAACAGCUCUUGUACAGAUUCUGUUUCUUUUUGUGAAUAUUGUAAAUAACAAUAUGAGAGAGUAUGUUUUCUAAAAUGUUUCAUAUCCUUAAAUGGCCUCUGGGUUACUCUGAGAGUCCAAACAUCAUACUUCUACAUUCACGUGCCAGAACUAUAUCGCAAUAUUUCAAAGGUGUAUACCACAGCGCCAACUGACAAAUGAGCGCGAAAAACUAGAAGACGUGUUUGUGUGUAAACAUGGGAAUAGCUGUAGCUAGGAUAGCAUCGCCUGUUGAUGUUUAAUAAGCUGUAGCUAGGUUAGCAUCUUCUUUUCAUGUUUAAUAAGCUGUAACUAGGAUAGCAUCACCUGUUGAUGUUUAAUUAGCUGUAGCUGGUUUAUCAUCGUCUGUUGAUGUUCAAUUAGCUGUAGCUAGUUUAGCAUCAUCUGUUAGUGUUUCAUUAGCUGUAGCUAGUUUAGCAUCAUCUGUUAGUGUUUGAUUAGCUGUAGCUAGUUUAGCAUCAUCUGUUAGUGUUUGAUUAGCUGUAGCUAGUUUAGCAUCAUCUGUUAGUGUUUAAUUAGCUGUAGCUAGUUUAGCAUAAUCUGUUAGUGUUUGAUUAGCUGUAGCUAGUUUAGCAUCAUCUGUUAGUGUUUGAUUAGCUGUAGCUAGUUUAGCAUCAUCUGUUAGUGUUUGAUUAGCUGUAGCUAGUUUAGCAUAAUCUGUUAGUGUUUGAUUAGCUGUAGCUAGUUUAGAAUCAUCUGUUAGUGUUUGAUUAGCUGUAGCUAGUUUAGCAUCGUCUGGUGACGUUAUAAUGGCUGUAGCUGCUUUAGCAUCGUCUGUUCAUGUUUCAAUAAGCAUUAGCCGGUUUAGCAUCGUCUGAUGUUUCAGAAAGUGGGCUGGUGGCUCUAAUUAAGAUCCCACCCCACCCUCAUAGAUUCAUAUGAAUGCUGAAUGACAGAUGUUUAGAAAUGAAGUGUUUGUUUGAUCGUUAAACAUUGUGGGGGGGGGGGGGGGGGGGGGGG